AUGCAGGAAAGAUGGAUGGCAUUCCCCUGCAAGGCGAUGCCCGAACUGCAGCCGUCGCCUCCCAGGAAGAAGAAGCGAAAGCGACGAGGUUUCCUGGAGGUUUUCUUGCACAAGAUGCAGAAACCUGAAGUCAUCCUCAUCAGCGUGUGGUGGUUCAUCAUGCUGGUUCUCGUCAUUUACAUGGCAGAGAUGGGACCAGUCCUUUGGGAAGUAUGGCGCCCGCUGGUUUUCUUGCUCAGCAUUCCAGUAAUUUUCUUUGGCAUUCUUGCUUUUGCCACGCUGUGA